AACAGUCAAAGUCAAUGUUCGCUCUAUAGAUUCAGAGCUCUCCAGAAAUUCUCAAAGUGUUUGUAAACGAAUUAAUUCAUUUGUGACAUUGAGAAAUCGAUUUUAAAGCGAAACUGGAGACUUUAUUUUUAUUUUAAUAAAUUAUUAGUAUAUAAUUGUUAUCGAUAAUUAAGAUAAAACAGUCGCUAUCGGCUUGGCGACACGCGAUAACACCCGAAAUUAAGUUGCAUUCACAAAGAUAGGGUCUUCUUCCAGUCAUUACUUUAUUAGUUUAUCGAAAAGUGUUGAUUUAUAAGGUACGGCCAAAAUGGAGGCGCCAGGCUCCGGUUUGAAUUUAGAAAAAGUCGUCAAAGAGCAGUUGGUAGAGUCCAUAAAAAAUGCAGACAUUUUGUCUAUGCUUCAAAAGAUGGUUGAUUCUGCGCCAGAAAGCGAAGAAACAGACGAAAUCAGGCAAAGACUACAAGAAAUCCUUGCUCAUUAUAACACUCUGGAGGAAAACGAGAAAACAUAUUUCCUAGCCUAUAUAAAAAAUGCUCUGACCAGUAAAUUGGCGGCAAAAUUGGAUGAAGUCCCCAUGGAUAUGUCGGAACUAGAGGGGGCUAUACAUGGAGCUAUUAUGUCUCAAAUAUAUAUGGUUGCGGCGGCCGGGGUGAUUCUGUUGCUGCUUUUGGUAUUCUUCGGCUACAAACUUUACAAAUCGAUAAAAGAAAAGGAAAAGAAACGAGAAGAGAAGAAGAAGCUAAAACAAAUGAAGAAGAAGAAGUAAAAUGACAAGACUUAGAUGUGAAACGGCGUAAGAGCGCUUGUGCUAGCCGAAUUCGAAAAAGUGAGAGUUCGUUCGGAAGUUGAAGGAAAACGAACCAUUGACCUGCGCAGAGGGUGAUCUUUACAAAUAAAGGAAAAAUCCGACUAUGUCAAUUUUUAGGUACUGUUUUUCUAUAAGAAACUUACAUUUGCAGUUGGAGAUAAAGCAAAACAAGUGUAAAAAAAAAAUUUAUAACACCCCCGACAAGUGAAGGUUACAGAAACUAGAAAAGAGCUGAUAACUUUCAAACGGCUGAACCGAUUUUCUUGGAUUAUAGCUAAGA